AUGACCAACGCUGAACCAACAACUACCACAUCGAUCCCAACUACCAACACAGCUGCUGGACGAACAACGAGCACAACUGCCCCAACAGCUACCACUGCUGGACAAUCAUCUACGACAGCUGGACCAACUACCGCAACAUCAAGCUCCACAACUACCACCAGCACAGCUGGACCAAGAACUAUCCCCGCUGGACCAACAACUACCACAGCUGCACCAAAAACUACCACAGCUGCCCCAACAACUACCACAGCUGCCCCAACAACUACCACAGCUGCACCAAAAACGACCACAGCUGCCCCAACAACGACCACAGCUGCACCAAAAACGACCACAGCUGCCCCAACAACGACCACAGCUGAACCAACAACUACCACCUCUGGACCAACAACAACCACAGCUGGACCAACAACUACCAUAGCUAGCCAUACAACCACCAUUGCUGGAACAACCACAUCUGGCAAGACAACAAAAUCUGUUCCAACAAAGACCACAGCUGGUCCUACAACUAACACAGCUGGAACAACAAUAACCUUUGGCCAAACGACCACAACAUCGAGCCCCAAAACCAACACAACUGGACCAACAACUACCACAGCUGGACCAACAACAACCAUAGCUGGGCAGAUAGCUACCUUAGCUGGCCAAACAACUACCACAACUGGCCCAACUAAAACAACGGCUGUCCCAACAACUACCACAGCUUCCCAAACAACUACUACCGCUGCGUCAACAACUACCACCGCUGGACCAAAAACGACCACAGCUGGAUCAACAACUACCACAGCUGGACCAAAAACUACCACAGCUGGAUCAACAACUACCACAGCUGUACCAACGACUACCACAGUUGGAUCAACAGCUACCACAGCUGGACCAAAAACUACCACAUAUAGCCCAAAAACAACAACAGUUGGCCCAACAACUUCCCCAUUUAGCACAUCAACAACCACAGCUGGACCAUCUCCCACCACAGCUGUUAUGACAACAACCACAGCUAGACCAACAACCACCAAAGCUGGACCAACAACUACCAUGCUUAGCCCAACAACCACCAUAGCUGGACAAACUACAUCUGGCAAGACAACAAAAUCUGGUCCAACAAAAACCACAACUGGACCAACAACUACCACAGGACACUGCCUUCCAGGUUACGCAUACACAGGUUCUGAGGGCUCUGAAGCAGUGGAUGAUGCGGUGGCCAUAGCCCUACAUCACACUUUGCAACACCUGGACAACCGAAGAACAUACGUCAGAAUGAUUUUCCUGGACUAUAGCCGGGUGGCCUUCAACACCAUCCGCCCAGUCAAGCUGAUUGGUAAACUGACGGACCUCGGUGUCCCGACUCCCACCUGUAACUGGAUCGUAGACUUCCUGAUUGACAGACCACAGGUGGUGAAGUUGGAGGGCGGGUGGCUGCUGAGCUCAUAG